GUAUUGAAGCAAAGCCACCUAGUGAGUGAGACUACAUUUGCUUCGUGGAAUGACUUGAGAAAGACUCGAUUCUUUCUCUAUUUCUCUCUCUUUCUCAUAUCGCGUUUUCUUUUUUUCAUUUCUUGUUGUUCCGCGCGAGGGUUUUCCGGUGUCUCCGUCGCGAUGACAAUCGAACCCUUGGAUUUGCUCCGCUCCAAUCUCGCUCGGGUACGGAUCCCCGAACCGACCAAUCGCAUCUACAAGCACGAAUGUUGCGUGUCCUUCGACACUCCGAGGUCGGAAGGUGGUUUGUUCAUCGACAUGUGCACUUUUCUUGCUUUUGGGAAGGAUUUUGUUGGUUGGAAUUACGAGAAGACCGGCAAUCCUGUCUAUUUGCAUAUAAAGCAGACUAAGAAGUUAGUUCCAGAAGACAGACCUUCUAAGAAACCUACCCUCUUGGCUAUUGGUAUUGAUGGGGGAUUUGAUAAUAAUGAGCCCGAGUAUGAGGAAACUCAUAGUGUAGUUAUAUUACCCGAGUAUGUUUCUCUUCCAUUCCCUUCUGUGGAAUUGCCAGAGAAGGUAAGGUUGGCAGUUGAUGCUAUUUUACUAGCUGAGGGUGCUGAACGAAAGGAGGAACUUGCAGCCUGGACUGCUGAUAAAAAACAAGUUAGUUCCUAUGCAAUGAAUUUACAACAGAUUGACAAUGGUGUUGUUAUUCCGCCAUCUGGGUGGAAAUGUGCUAAAUGUGACAAGACAGAGAAUCUUUGGCUAAACUUGACUGAUGGAAUGAUACUUUGUGGGAGGAAAAACUGGGAUGGAACUGGAGGGAACAACCAUGCUGUUGAGCAUUACCGGGAGACAGGCUACCCUCUUGCUGUAAAGCUUGGGACUGUCACUGCUGAUUUGGAAGCGGCAGAUGUUUUCUCCUAUCCAGAGGAUGAAAGUGUCUUGGAUCCACAACUAGCCCAACAUCUGGCUUUUUUUGGCAUUGACUUUUCAUCGCUACAAAAGACUGAAAUGACAACUGCUGAAAGAGAACUCGAUCAAAAUACUAAUUUUGAUUGGAAUCGAAUACAAGAAAGUGGACAAGAAGUAUAUCCAAUUUUUGGACCUGGAUAUACAGGGUUGGUCAAUAUUGGAAACAGUUGUUAUAUGGCAGCAAAUAUGCAAGUUGUAUUUUCAACAAGAUCCUUCAUAUCACGGUACUACUUGAGCCAAAGUCUAAAGAAGGCAUUUGAGAUGUCUCCUGCCGAUCCAACUGUUGACCUAAAUAUGCAGCUGACUAAAUUGGCACACGGCUUACUUUCUGGCAAAUAUUCUGUUCCGGCAUUUGAAAAUGAUGAAAAGGAAAACACUGUAACUUCAACUACAACUGCUAAACAAGAAGGGAUACGUCCACGCAUGUUUAAAUCUGUAAUUGCUGCCAGCCAUCCUGAAUUUUCAUCUACGCGGCAACAGGAUGCUUUAGAAUUUUUCCUACAUUUUAUUGAUCAAGUUGAACGAGCUAAUACUGGGAAAAUUGAACUGGAUCCAUCGAGGAGUUUCAAAUUUGGUAUUGAAGACAGAAUUUUAUGUUCUUCUGGAAAAGUUACAUAUAAUAGAAGGAAUGAUUACAUUCUUUCUCUCAAUAUCCCCUUACAUGAAGCAACUAACAAAGGAGAGCUAGAAUCCUUUCAAAAGUUGAAAGAAGAAAGACUUGCAGAAGGAAAGGAAAUAAAUGCUGAUGAGAUUGUGCGUCCGAGGGUGCCUUUAGAAACAUGCCUUGCAAACUUUUCGGCUCCUGAGGAGAUACAUGAUUUUUACAGUACUGCUUUGAAGACAAAGACUACAGCACUGAAGACUGCAGGUCUGACCUCAUUUCCUGAUUACCUGGUGUUACAUAUGCGAAGAUUUGUUAUGGAGGCAGGAUGGGUGCCCAAAAAGCUUGAUGUGUAUAUCGAUGUUCCUGAUAUCAUAGAUAUCAGUCAUAUGCGCAGCAAAGGUCACCAGCCUGGGGAGGAGCUGUUACCUGAUGGAGUUCCUGAUGAGGAAGAUUCAAACAAAAUGUGGGCCAAUGAAGAAAUUGUAGCCCAGCUGGUUUCCAUGGGUUUUAAUCCUCUCCAUUGUCAGAAAGCUGCCAUAAAUACAUCGAAUGUUGGAGUAGAAGAGGCAAUGAAUUGGUUGCUAUCUCACAUGGACGAUCCAGAUAUUGACCUCCCUAUUUCCAAAGGUCAUGGCUCUAAAACUUCGACAAUCGUUGACCAAUCAAAAGUUGAUACUCUAAUUUCAUUUGGAUUUCAAGAAGAAAUUGCUAGAAAGGCUCUGGAGGCAUCUGGCGGUGACAUUGAGAAAGCGACAGAUUGGAUAUUUAACAACCCUAAUGCAUCAGUCUCCAGUAUGGAUGCUACCCCAUCAAAUGCUGCAUCCACGUCCAAUGAUGUUGACCUACCUGAUGGAGGAGGGAAAUAUCGACUUAUUGGAAUUGUAAGCCACAGUGGAACCUCUACGCUUUGUGGUCACUAUGUUGCUCACGUUUUAAAAGAUGGUAGAUGGGUAAUUUUCAACGACAACAAGGUUGGGGCUUCCAUUAAUCCUCCAAAGGAAAUGGGCUAUCUCUAUUUCUUCGAGAGGCUUUAAUUGCUGAAUAUACAGUGGUUGGCGUUGAACAAGGCGAGUAAGAGGCGCAGGAUGUUUUGAUAGCGUAGAGAUGUCACCUACAUCCGCUGAUGUGAGAAUAUUUGCUACACUGCUCUUGGUGGCUUGGUAAACAUUCCUCUAAUUUGCUGAAUCUUCUUUUCUUGGUUGGUUCUUAGCGGUAAUGAAGCUUUGGAACAUUACAUUUCAUUCAUCUUUUAUACAUUGCAUGUUUAGGUAUUCAAGUAACAAUGUAGCAACGAAUUAUCAGUUCUAGGAAUUUAAACAACAAUAGUGAAUGUUAUACAGCUUCAUUUUUCUGAUGUCUAAAACCAGUUACUUUGAAAAGUUUAUUACAACUUUCAUUCCUUCUUGCUUUUUAA